GGAUAUAACCGGGUGCACCUGGGACUUAACCGGGAAUAGGCGGAGAGGCACCACGAAUAAAGCCGGGGCAGGCGGGCGCUCCCUUUGUGCAGAGCCGCCGCCGUCGCUGCCGGCCCGGGCCGCGGAGGGGACGCUGAGGGGCGGCGGGCCGGCCUGGCUCCGCCCGCACCACAUGACUCCGCCGUCGGGAGAAACUUUUCCCGUCCCGCGGUCGGAAAAUGGCGGCGUAGGGAGCGGGGCUCUGGCAUCCCGGCGGCUCCCGGCGCCAUGACCCGCUGGGUGCCCACCAAAAGGGAGGAGAAGUACGGCGUAGCUCUCUACAAUUACGAUGCCAGGGGGCCAGAUGAACUCUCCUUACAGAUUGGGGACACCGUGCACAUCCUGGAAACUUAUGAGGGUUGGUACAGGGGUUAUACACUACGGAAGAAAUCCAAGAAGGGCAUAUUCCCUGCCUCCUAUAUCCAUCUUAAGGAAGCAAUCGUUGAAGGCAAAGGCCAACACGAGACUGUGAUCCCCAACGAGCUGCCCCUGAUCCAGGAGGUCACCACCACGCUGAGGGAAUGGUCCAUCAUCUGGAGACAGCUCUAUGUGCAGGACAACAGGGAAAUGUUCCGCAGCGUCCGGCACAUGAUUUACGACCUGAUCGAGUGGAGAUCCCAAAUCCUCUCUGGGACCCUGCCCCAGGAUGAGCUCAAGGAGCUGAAAAAGAAAGUGACUGCCAAAAUUGAUUAUGGCAACAGAAUUCUGGAUUUAGAUCUGGUGGUUAGAGAUGAAGAUGGCAACAUUUUGGACCCAGAGCAGACCAGCACCAUCAGCCUUUUCAGAGCACAUGAAAUUGCUUCCAAGCAAGUGGAAGAGAGGCUACAGGAGGAAAAAUCUCAGAAGCAGAAUAUUGAUAUCAACAGACAAGCCAAGUUUGCUGCCACUCCUUCAUUUGCUUUAUUUGUAAAUUUAAAAAACGUCGUGUGUAAAAUAGGAGAAGAUGCUGAAGUCCUGAUGUCUCUGUAUGACCCCCUGGAAUCCAAAUUCAUCAGUGAGAACUACCUGGUGAGGUGGUCGAGCUGUGGCCUCCCCAAGGACAUUGACAGACUGCACAACCUGCGGGCCGUGUUCACCGACCUGGGCAGCAAGGACCUGAAGAGAGAGAAGAUCAGCUUUGUGUGUCAGAUCGUGCGCGUGGGCAGGAUGGAGCUGCGGGACAACAACACCAGGAAGCUGACCUCGGGGCUGCGCAGACCCUUCGGGGUGGCAGUGAUGGAUGUUACUGACAUCAUUAACGGGAAGGUUGAUGAUGAGGACAAGCAGCACUUCAUCCCCUUCCAGCCGCUAGCGUUGGAUGACGCCAUUCGACACAAGCAGCUGAACAUAUCAUCCCGUUUUUCACCCAGGGUGGCAGGGGAGAAUGAUUUCCUGCAGACUGUUAUAAACAAAGUGAUUGCUGCUAAAGAAGUCAACCACAAGGGUCAGGGUCUGUGGGUGACUUUGAAACUUCUUCCAGGAGAUAUUCAUCAGAUUAGGAAAGAGUUUCCACACUUAGUGGACAGGUCAACAGCAGUGGCUCGGAAAAUGGGAUUUCCUGAGAUUAUCAUGCCUGGAGAUGUUCGAAAUGACAUCUACGUCACCUUGGUGCAGGGAGAUUUUGACAAAGGCAGUAAAACCACAGCAAAGAAUGUGGAAGUCACAGUGUCUGUUUAUGAUGAAGAUGGCAAGAGAUUAGAGAGUGUUAUUUUUCCUGGUGCUGGUGAUGAAGCCAUCUCAGAGUACAAGUCAGUGAUCUAUUACCAAGUAAAGCAGCCUCGCUGGUUUGAGACUGUAAAGGUUGCAAUCCCCAUUGAGGACGUGAACCGCAGCCACCUGAGGUUCACCUUCCGCCACAGAUCCUCCCAGGACUCCAAAGACAAAUCUGAGAAAAUAUUUGCUCUGGCAUUUGUGAAGCUCAUGAGAUAUGAUGGGACAACUCUGAGGGAUGGAGAGCACGACCUUAUAGUUUACAAGGCAGAGGCCAAGAAGCUGGAGGAUGCCUCGACCUAUCUCAGUCUGCCAUCCACAAAAAUUGAGCUGGAGGAGAAGGGACACUCAGCAACAGGCAAGAGCAUGCAGAACCUUGGGAGCUGCACCAUCAGCAAAGACUCCUUCCAGAUUUCCACCCUGGUCUGUUCAACAAAACUUACCCAGAACGUUGAUCUCUUGGGACUGCUGAAGUGGAGAUCCAACACGAGCCUGUUGCACCAGAACUUGAAGCAGCUGAUGAAAGUUGAUGGUGGUGAAGUGGUCAAGUUCCUUCAAGAUACGCUGGAUGCCCUUUUUAACAUCAUGAUGGAGAACUCAGAGAGUGAGACCUUUGACACCUUGGUGUUUGAUGCUUUGGUAUUUAUCAUUGGACUGAUUGCUGACAGAAAAUUUCAGCAUUUCAACCCUGUCUUGGAGACCUACAUCAAGAAGCAUUUCAGUGCUACCUUGGCCUACACAAAACUGACCAAGGUAUUGAAAACAUACGUGGACAGUGCUGAGAAGUGUGGGAUCACUGAUCAGCUCUUCAAAGCCAUGAAAGCCCUGGAAUACAUCUUCAAGUUCAUUGUGCGCUCCAGGAUAUUGUUCAACCAGCUGUAUGAAAACAAAGGAGAAGCAGACUUCAGGGAGUCUCUGCUGCAGCUCUUUAAGUCCAUCAAUGAGAUGAUGAGCAGCAACUCUGACCAGACUGUCAUAGUGAAGGGUGCAGCACUUAAAUACUUGCCAGCAAUUGUCAAUGAUGUGAAAUUAGUGUUUGAUCCAAAGGAACUCAGCAAGCUCUUCACCGAGUUCAUCCUGAACGUGCCCGUGAGCCGUUUGACCAUCCAGAAGCUCUACUGCCUGAUCGAGAUCGUGCACAGCGACCUCUUCACCCAGCACGACUGCAGGGAAAUCUUGCUGCCAACAAUGACAGACCAGCUCAAGUAUCACUUGGAGAGACAAGAAGAUUUGGAGGCUUGCUGCCAGUUGCUGAGUAACAUCCUGGAAGUGCUCUACAAGAAAGAUGUGGGCCCCACACAACGCCAUGUGCAGAUCAUCAUGGAGAACCUGCUGAGGACAGUGAACAGAACUGUGAUUUCCAUGGGACGGGACUCAGAGCUCAUUGGGAGUUUUGUGGCCUGCAUGACAGCCAUCCUGAGGCAAAUGGAGGAUUACCACUAUGCCCAUUUAAUCAAGACUUUUGGCAAGAUGAGGUCAGAUGUUGUGGAUUUCCUGAUGGAGACAUUCAUCAUGUUCAAGAACCUCAUUGGGAAGAACGUCUAUCCCUUCGACUGGGUGAUCAUGAACAUGAUGCAGAACAAAGUCUUCCUGCGAGCAAUUAAUCAGUAUGCAGAUAUGCUAAACAAAAAAUUCCUUGAUCAAGCCAACUUUGAGUUACAGCUCUGGAACAACUAUUUCCACCUGGCUGUUGCUUUUCUCACACAAGAAUCUUUACAACUGGAGAAUUUUUCAAGUGCUAAAAGAGCAAAAAUCCUUAACAAGUAUGGGGACAUGAGAAGGCAGAUUGGGUUUGAGAUCAGGGACAUGUGGUACAACCUGGGUCAGCAUAAAAUCAAGUUCAUCCCAGAAAUGGUGGGGCCUAUCCUGGAAAUGACACUGAUCCCAGAAACGGAGCUGCGGAAAGCCACCAUCCCCAUCUUCUUUGACAUGAUGCAGUGUGAAUUCCACUCCACCAGGAGCUUCCAGAGGUUCGAAAACGAGAUCAUCACCAAACUGGAUCACGAAGUGGAGGGAGGCCGUGGAGAUGAGCAGUACAAAGUGUUAUUUGACAAAAUUCUCUUGGAGCACUGCAGGAAGCACAAAUACCUGGCCAAGAGUGGGGAGACCUUUGUGAAGCUGGUGGUGAGGCUGAUGGAGAGGCUGCUGGACUACAGGACCAUCAUGCACGAUGAGAACAAGGAGAACCGCAUGAGCUGCACUGUCAACGUGCUGAAUUUCUACAAGGAGAUCGAGAGGGAAGAGAUGUACAUAAGGUACCUGUACAAGCUGUGUGACCUGCACAAGGAGUGUGACAACUACACAGAGGCUGCCUACACCUUACUCCUGCACGCAAAGCUCCUCAAGUGGUCAGAAGAAGCAUGUGCAGCACAUCUUACCCAGCGGGAUGGAUACCAAGCUGCUACUCAAGGACAGCUGAAAGAUCAGCUCUAUCAAGAAAUUAUCCAUUACUUUGACAAGGGCAAGAUGUGGGAAGAGGCCAUUGCCUUGGGUAAAGAACUUGCAGAACAGUAUGAAAAUGAAAUGUUUGAUUAUGAACAACUCAGUGAACUGCUGAGAAAACAAGCCCAGUUCUAUGAAAACAUUGUGAAGGUGAUACGACCAAAACCAGAUUAUUUUGCUGUUGGAUACUAUGGCCAGGGAUUCCCAACAUUCAUAAGGAACAAAGUGUUCAUUUACCGGGGCAAGGAGUACGAGCGCCGCGAGGACUUCGAGGCGCGGCUGCUGACGCAGUUCCCCAACGCCGAGAAGAUGAAGACAACGUCACCCCCCGGCGAUGACAUCAAAUCCUCCUCUGGCCAGUAUAUUCAGUGCUUCACUGUAAAGCCCAAGCUGGAUUUACCCUCGAAAUUUCACAGGCCAGUGUCAGAGCAAAUCGUGAGUUUCUACAGGGUGAAUGAAGUCCAACGUUUUGAGUAUUCACGCCCUGUUCGAAAAGGAGAGAAAAACCCAGACAACGAAUUUGCAAACAUGUGGAUUGAGAGAACCAUCUACGUGACAGCCUAUAAAUUACCAGGGAUCCUCAGGUGGUUUGAAGUCAAAUCAGUUUUCAUGGUGGAGAUCAGCCCUCUGGAAAACGCCAUCGAAACCAUGCAGCUGACCAAUGACAAGAUCAAUAACAUGGUGCAGCAGCACCUGAACGACCCCAACCUGCCCAUCAACCCCCUGUCCAUGCUGCUCAACGGCAUCGUGGACCCCGCUGUCAUGGGGGGCUUCGCCAACUACGAGAAGGCUUUUUUUACUGAAAAAUACAUGCACGAGCAUCCAGAGGAUCAUGACAAGAUUGAGAAGCUGAAGGAUCUGAUUGCUUGGCAGAUCCCAUUCCUGGCCGAAGGCAUCCGGAUCCACGGGGAGAAGGUGACAGAGGCCCUGAGGCCGUUCCACGAGAGGAUGGAGGCGUGUUUCAGGCAGCUGAAGGACAAGGUGGAAAAGCAGUACGGCGUCCGCGCCAUCCUGACGGGCCUGGAGGAGCGGCGGGGCAGCCGGCCGCGCUCCAUGGUGCGCUCCUUCACCAUGCCCUCCUCAUCCCGGCCCCUCUCCGUGGCCUCUGUGUCCUCCCUCUCCUCGGACAGCACUCCCUCCCGGCCUGGCUCCGACGGGUUCGUGCUGGAGCCCCUCCUGCCAAAAAAGAUGCAUUCUAGGUCGCAAGAUAAAUUGGACAAGGAUGACCUAGAUAAAGAUAAAAAGGAAAAGAAGAAGGAGAAGAGGAACAGCAAGCAUCAAGAGAUAUUUGAUAAAGAAUUUAAAUCUACUGAUAUUUCUCUGCAGCAGGCUGAAGCAGUGAUCCUUUCAGAAACGAUCAGCCCCCUGAGGCCGCAGAGACCCAAGAGCCAGGUGCUGAACGUGAUGUCCAGCGAGCGGCGAUUCUCCGUGUCCCCGGCGGCGCCCAGCUCCCAGCUGACCCCACCCCCCAUCACCCCUCGGACCAAACUCGCCUUCAGCAUCCAGCCCAAUCUGGAGCUGAAUGGGAUGUCCAGCUCCGACAUCCCCGACGUUCCCCCUCCUCUGCCCCUCAAAGGAAGCACGGCCGACUACGGGAACCUCAUGGAGAGCCAGGACUUGAUCAGCCCCACCACGUCCCCCCCUGCCCACCAACGGCACCUGCCUCCUCCUCUGCCCAGCAAGACUCCGCCGCCGCCGCCUCCCAAGACGACGCGGAAGCAAACGUCUGUUGACUCUGGGAUUGUCCAGUGAAGAAGGAAGCGGGUUCUUUUCCAAAGAUGAAGCUGUAACAAUUCAUUUCCCUAAGUAUUUUAUGGUCUGUAAUGUUUACCUCAUUCAGGUGCGCAGUAUCUAACAUUUAGUGCAAUGGUAACUCCGUAAGAAAUCCAUUUCUCGCCGUGUGUCGGACCCAACACUACAUCCCCCUGGCUUUGGGGUUAUUCCCUCCCAUAACUUGAAAGAAAUCUGGAUUUCUACUUGAGACUGGGAACUCCAUCAACUGACAGAACCCUCUUCCUGCACCUUCUUCCUGCUUCUGGAUAACGCCAGGCACAGAGCUAAACGUGAAGAUUAAAAUGAGAGCUGGAAAUGUUGUACCUAAAGAUUUUGGGUACCUCUGGAGUUUCAAAUGAGCAGAGUUUUUGUACCUAAUCUCAGUGUAUAUAGGAAGCAAUGACAAUAUUCACAUGGAAUUCAGGGCAAGAGGAGGUUUCCCAGUGAGGUGAAGCUGCUGUAGGAUUUCCCUGAAUAACAGGGAUUUUAGCCCAGGGUUAAAAAACAGACACCCCUGAUUUGUGAAAUUGGUCUGAGUUACAAAUAACCUGAUUGCAAUGAGCAAAGUGGGGAUUUGGAGCUGUCUUGGCCACAGUGACCACAAUGCCAUGGAGUUUAAAACCUCUGGUGAGAGGAAGAAAAGUGCCAGCAAAACCUCCCCUCUGACCAUGGGGCUGCUCAGGGAAUUUGUAAGGUCCCCUGGGAAAAUGUUCUUGCAGGUGCUGGGGUCCAUCAGUGCUGGCCCCUUUUUAAACAUCACCUCCCAAGGGCACAGGAGCAGCAAUUCCCAAAUGUUGGAAGUCAAGCAGAGCUGGCUUGGCUGAACAGGGAUCUCCUCUUGGAUAUCAGGUGGAAAAGGAAGGUGUGUGCCAGUGGAAGCAAGGUGAGGGGGGAUGGGAACAACACAGAGCUGCAGCUCCCCACUAUAGGGAGAAAAUUCCUGUGGUCAAAGCUCAGCUGGAGUUGGAGCUGCCAGAACUGCAGAACUGUCAGGGACAAAAAAAAAAAAAAAAAAAAAAAAAAAAAAAAAAAAAGGGGUUUUUAAA